CUUUGAAUGAGAUAUUUACAAGUUUGUUACACCUCCCAGUGAACACCGGCAGAUUCACCGGCAUCUUCCCAAGAAGGUGGAUAUACAAGUGCUUGGGGGCACGGCACUAACUCUCGUAUUAAGUUAAUUAUGUAUUUCAGGUAUUUAUCUAUGGAGGAGUGUGAAGAUGUAGGAUGCAAAAAGAAGGUUUACAAUGACUCAAAGAUGGAAACACGCCAGACCCUUAGAAAUAUGAAAAUUCCUCUAAGCAGGAGUCCAGAUGUAUCUAUGAAGAUUAACAUGAUGGAAGAGCCUCAACCAGCAGCUUGUUCCUUGGUAGGAUCAGAGAUCAGUCUCUCUCCGAAGGGUCAAGGAGAGGAGUCUAAAAAAUCAUGCACAAAUAGAAGUACCUCCUCCAGUUCAUCAUCCUCACAAUGUAAACAGAAAUCAUUUGAUUUAAAUGAGAAAUGUGUUAUUGAUUAUAGUGACACAAUCUUCAGAAAUCCAGACACCUCAAGAUUUGUAAAUCAGAAGAGUGGGAAAGAGGACUCUGAAGAUUCCCAAGAAUCUAAUAAAAGUGAAAAGAAACUUCAACAUCCAGUCCAGACUAUGCAUAAGCCGUAUGUUUGCCCUAUUUGUCAGAGGGUUUUUACGGAAAACUAUGCAAACGAGAGGCAGCAAUCAGCAAUCAUGUUCCCGGCGGAGGGAGUGAAAGAUAUUUACUACAAUGUUUAUUUUCAAUUGCUCUCUUGACCACUGUGUAUAUGCUGAGAGAUAAGCGUGCACCUUUGUGUAUAUAGCAAUAUAUAUGAUUAAGAGGUCUGUGCUUCCAGCAAGAUCAGCCCAUUUAGUGGGUAUGCUCUUGAGAACAAUUAAAUAUGUUUUCAGUGAGCAAAACAGCUAUUUCACAUACAAAAAUAAAUCUAAAUGAUUAUUUUCAAAUACAUUUACACUCUGCAGCUAGUAUAGCAAUUCAUUGGGGACAUAUUAAGGGGGAACCAGUACAGUGCCCCUUUAAUAAUACAUACAGUGUGGCCUAACUUUGUCAGGUGCAGAACAAUGACAUAAGAAAGGAAUUAAAAUUCCCUCAUUUGGGUGGAAUCUUGUGAAUACUUAAGGCAACUGACUUCAUUUGUACCAUAUUUUGAUAGAAAACCAGCAAUUUUGUCUCUGGUAAUAAUAAUGCUUGGAGACCUGCAAUAUUGUAGCUAAGGUAUUGGCUAUGUAAUAAUGAUUCCCAAUGUCAGAUUACAGGAUACCUCCCUGAAUUACUAAACUGAAGGUACACUCAAAACCUGAAGAACAUUUGUAGAAUGUGGUCCGAACCAUAUCAUGGAUUUUGUACCCAACCAAUAUCAAAAGAAUUACAGAAGAAAUGUUAUGAUAUUAAUUCUAUUAAGUAUUGUCUUCCUUUCUUCAUCUUCCAUAUCAUGUUAUCUGUAGAAUUGGCACGUUUUCAUGGCACUGAAUAUUAUGCUGAAGGCCACGUUGUUUGAAUGGGAAUAAGUAUUGGACAAAAAGGCCUGAAGAUCUAAACCUCUCUACUCUGGUGAGAUUAUCUAAGAAGUCUUGUCAGUAUUAUGAGGUCCUUCAGAUGAUUUUAUAAGGACAAAUUAUAGCUUGAGACCUGUUUGUCUUGCUAUACAGGUUGUGGAUAUGAAGGAAAAACACAUAUAUCUCAAUAUAAUGCUCAACAAAAGCCCCACAGAUUUUGUGUGACUUCUCUCUAUGCUGGCAAGGUUUUGAUCAGAGAGGUUAUAGUGUUUUAGAUGUGUCCAAGGCGUACCUUCUGUACAGGUGUUGAUAGGACUAACAGGUAACUUAGCAGCUUGUAAGUACUGCAAAUGCUUCUGAUUUGUCUUACAAUUAGUCCUGUUAGCAUUUAAGGCAGUGUUGGCUAACCUUGGAACCCCUGAUUUUUUUUGGACCUACAUUUCCCAUGCAGUCUAGUUAAGCAUCAUGGGACAUGUAGUUCCGAAACUACAGGAGUGCCAAGGUUAGCCUUUGCUGAUGUAGAGUAUCAUGGGGAAUUUUGUAUGCCUGUGAAUAAUGUCAUCUGUUAUUCAGGAACAUCAUCAUCAUGCAGGAAAAACAGUAAUAACUUAUUAGAAGCAUUUUUGCUAAUGGAAGUUAUUGCAAGAAUGUUUCUAUUUCAUAUUAAAAUGCACCUAUGCACAUUUAAUUUUUUACCUUUCUAUCCCUUUAACUAGGUAAAAUCUCAUCUGCCACUUGCCUGCCCAGUCCAAGUCCCUCUUCAGAGAAGUAACAUUCUUUUCAGACUGUAUUACCUUACUUCAUUUUGUAUUAUCUGCAAACAAUGGUACAUGAUUUUUAAUGCCCCUUGAUGAUCAUUAACCCCUUAAUGACCACUACGUACCCUGUCGUCGCUGGUCUUUAAGGGAUUGUCUGCUUAUAAUAGCGCAGGUCUCGACGCUGUCCGUGAGACCGCGCUAUAGAAAAAGCAACCUCACGUCGCUAGUUGUUAAGGGGUUAAUAAACAGAUUAAAGAGAAGUGGUUACAGGAUAGUACCCUGAGGAACUCAAUCUACCACUUUUGCCCAGCUUGAGAAUUUUCCAUUAACAACUCUCUGCAUUCUAUACUUAAAGUGAAGGUUAAGUAUUUACUAUUUGAAUGCAUAAAAGCAUACAUCACUUAAAUAAUAUUCAUAUCGCUAAGUUUAUUUGAAUACAUUUUGCAAAUGUAUUAUUAUUUUUAACAUAUUAUUCUGCCUACCGUUUGCUUGUAAACUCCCCACCUCUAGUUCCUGAUUUUCUAUGCUGUUGCGUAGAGAGCAGUCCCACACGCUCUAUAAGCAUCUCCCAAGCGCGUUCACGACGACAGGAAGUAUUGCACAUGCGCCAAUCACGAUUAAUCUUACUAAUGCACAUGCAAUAUUUUCCGAUCGCAUUCACCAAUGCACAUGCGUUACUUGCGGUUUGCAACAUACUAUUGUUACUCUACUGUUUGGUAGAGUUCUGUAACAAACAAUGCUACAUAUUACGUUUUGUCCAACUCCAAGCUGUUACACAUGCGCGAAACAGGAGCGCGCGUAGAGUCCAAGACGGAGAAUUAUAGAGUAGCGCAUGCGCAGUUUAAAUAGGAGGCUGGUGACGUAGAUCGACGGCCAGAAUAUCAAUUGGUUCCUUAAAGAACGUGAUCUUGAAAAUACGAAGAAAAUAUGUAUUUUAAAAAGCGAUAAUUUCAUUUCACUGUGAUUUCAUAAAAGAUGAUGACUGAAACUCAUAUUCAUUUUCGACAUAGAUUUGAAUUCAAGUUAGAGAUACCGGUAACUUAACCUUCACUUUAAGCCAGUUUUCAAUUCAAGUACAAGAAUUUGUCUCCCCAUUUGUAAAUUAAUCUGUGUGGAACAGUAUGAAAUUCGUUAGCUAAAUAGAUCACAUCCACUGCCACACCCUGAUCUUUACUUAUACUAACUUACAUGUAAUGCGAUUAGGCUCAUUUGACACAAUAUGACCUUCAUAAAACCAUGUUCACUCCUACUAAUGAUAUUGUUCUAUAAAAUAUAUUCCCAGAUAUCGUCCCUUAGUAAUAUUUCAAACGAUUUUCCCACCACAGAUGUUAAAGGGACAUUCCAGUAAAAAUGUAAAUGCACAUAGAUGAAUUACAUCUAUACAAAUAGAAACAUAUUUACAAUAUACAUGUAUUGGUACAAAUGCUUCUAGUAAAGUUAUCACUGGUUUAGUGUUAGCAUUUGUCUGUGCACGUGAGGCAUAACUAGAUAUUCUCAGUGCACCAGCAUUUUACAUACCGCAGCUGCUCAGAGCACCAGUGGGGCUUGUAUAAUGUCAGCAAUUAUCACAUUGAGUCAUUACCAGAUGGUACAAGCACUUUAGACUUUCUGAACAUGUGCUGGGUUUAAAAUGCUUGUGCACGGAGCAUACUUAAAUAGACUUUCAAAACAGCUAUAGCUUUUAUUAGAAGCAUUUUUGCCAGUACACGUAUACUAUUCAAAACUAAAAAUACAUCCAUGUGGAUUCCAAUUUUGGCUGAAAUGUCCCUUUAAACUCACAGGUCAGAGGGCACCAUAUCUACAACCCCAGAACAAACAAAAAAAAUCCUUGAAGAUUAAAAACAGUAGUUUGACUAUUUCCAAUCCAACUGAUUAUUUGGCCAGGACCAUACUCAUGUAUGCUUGAUACUGUUCGGCUUGUCAACUAUAUGCUCACAUGGCCACAACUUUGACUAUGUAUUUAAUCUCUGAUUUUAUAAGAAUAUUGCUAGUGUUUCAGUCUGAACUGUAUUGUGAGAAGCAGAUACUGUAUUAAUGAUGUCAUUACAGUUAACCCUAUGACUUCCACAUUAUAACCAUUGUUUCUCCCAUUUACAUGUUGCAAAUCAGUUUGUUAAUCGAUGGGAUUAAUUAAUCAAUCAAUUAAAUGAAUUGGUUAUGCACAGUUUAUUCCGCCUGUUCAUUCCUUACCUGCGCCUAUCACUUUACAUAGAUGUAUAUAUUAAUCCUAUUGUAUAAAUAAUAAAGGGACAUUUUUGUUUAAAAAUAAGAA